CUUGUCUUGUCGUCUGUUUGCUUUCUAUCUGGUUCUUUCCUGCAAGGUGUCCUUUAUCCAGACUUCAUAUUGAUAUUCGUCCCCGCCCACAUCGCAUCUCCACUGUUUCCCCACAGAACACGGAAUCAAGAUCCCCCCGUCCAAUCGUCCAGCGUUGAACCGGAUACUUUCCCAACCCUCAUUCACAUUCAUCGAAAUGGCGGCCUCGGCACCCAUAUCGAAGACCAUCUACCUCGGCCCCUUCGUGCAUAGCACAUCACUUACGGAGCUUGAGAUUAGCGAGCAGGGAGCUAUUGGGGUUGAUGAGAAGGGUGUGAUUGCUUUUGUUGAAAGAGAUGUGGCCCAUGACGGAGUCGACGAGAUUAAGAGGCGGAAUCAGGGGUGGGAGAAUGCAGAGGUUGUGAGUGUUGAGGGAAACGGAUUCUUCUUUCCGGGAUUUAUUGACACACACACCCACGCCCCCCAACAUCCAAAUACCGGCCUCUUCGGGAAAACAACACUCCUCGACUGGCUACAGACUUACACCUUCCCUAUGGAAGCCUCCUUUGCCUCGCUCCAAAAAGCAUCAACCAUCUACCGCAACUUCGUCUCGAGAACCCUCUCCCACGGCACAACAACCUGCGCCUACUACGCCACCAUCCACGUCCCCGCCACCAACCUCCUCGCCGACAUCUGCCUGGCACGCGGCCAACGAGCACUCGUAGGACGAGUAUGCAUGAACAGCGACCUAAGCCCAGAAUACUACCGCGACGAAAGCACAGAAACCGGCCUCCGCGACAGUCUGGAAAGCAUAAACUACAUCCGCUCCAUCGACCCCGCAGGCGAGAUCGUAAAGCCCAUCGUAACCCCCCGCUUCGCACCCUCUUGCACACCCGACUGCCUCUCCGCCAUGGGCCGCCUAGCAAAAGAAACAGACACACACAUCCAAACCCACAUCUCGGAGAACGUCAACGAAAUCGCCUUUGUGGCGGAAAUGUUCCCCGCCCAAGACUCCUACACACACGUCUACGACACGCACGGCUUGCUCACCCCGAAAACUAUCCUCGCCCACGCCGUUCAUCUGUCCCCCGAGGAACGCGCGACCAUCAAGCAGCGCGGGAGCAAGAUCUCCCACUGCCCCGCGUCAAACACGGCGAUUACGUCCGGCUGCGCCCCGGUCCGCACCCUGCUGGAUGAAGGCCAUACGGUCGGUCUCGGCACAGACGUAUCCGGCGGUUUCCACCCGUCUAUCCUCGAGAACGUGCGCCAGUGCAUAUGGGUAUCCCGACACCUAGCGCUGCAGACAUCCGACGCAGCGAAGCUCUCGACCGAAGAAGCGCUGUACCUCGCUACGCGUGGCGGGGCGGCCGUCGUCGGGCUGGAGGAUAAGGUCGGUGCGUUUGAAGUCGGUAUGGAAUGGGAUGCGCAGAUGAUUAGUCUGGGGACUGCGAAUGAAGAAGGGUGUCCUGAUGGGGCGUUUGAGGACGGGCCGGUCGAUGUGUUUGGCUGGGAGAACUGGACGGAGAAGGUCGAGAAGUGGGUGUAUAGUGGGGAUGAUAGGAAUACGGUUGCGGUGUGGGUGAGGGGGCGGUUGGUGCAUCGGACUGGGAAGUUUAUGGGGGCUAGGGGUGCGGCGACGCCGUGAGUGUUUGGGGGUUUUCAUGCUGGGUUUGCGACUUGUGGACAUAUAGAUUCGCUUUGGUCUUCACUUGUAACCGUUGCCAAACCAAACUAAACUCAAAUGCAAAAACGUCUA